CUAACCUGCAGCAGGAUGCUCAAACCUUUCUGGAAUUUGGGAGUCGAAUGUUGGUCAUAUAUAGUCGACUCUUUGAGGCCUUAGAGUCGACUCUAACCUGCAAGUCGACUCUACCACCCACCCGGUUGCUGGCAUUGGUUGCUGCGCGGGGACCGGAGUUUGGGAGCACUUUCAGCAACAAGAGGCUUGUUGCUGAAAGUGCAAGAGGUGUUCAAAAGAGGGACACUUUCAGCAACUUGUCCCUUGUUGCUGAAAGUGCAAGGAGUGGCCGGAGUUGGGAGCACUUUCAGCAACAAGAGGCUUGUUGCUGAAAGUGUAAGAGGUGAUAAAAAAGAGAGACACUUUCAGCAACAUGCCCAUUGUUGCUGAAAGUGAAUUUCAGCAACGAGUUCCUUGUUGCUGAAAAGUGGAGCUCAUUUAAAUGGCAAAGAAUUCACCGGAAAAUAUCAGCAAGAUGAAGUAUGUUGCUGAAAGUUACUUUCAGCAACAAAAAGUGUAUUGGUGAAAGUGGGGCAGCUUUUUGCAUGGAUUGGUGCACUGUAGCACUUUCAGCAACAUAAAGCUUGUUGCUGAUA